AUGGGAACCAAACGAUCUUGGCAAGGCCAGCCAUUAGUACAAGAGACAGUUCCAAGUAUGGCAUCUGAAUCGGCAGGACCGAUUAUCUCAAUCUUCGAAAACUUCCGCAAUGAACUAGACGAACACCACGAUCGCCGUGAGCGAGUCAUCAAGGCCAGCCGCGAUAUCACAGCAUUAAGCAAGAAAAUCAUCUUUACCCUCCAGCGCGUUCGCGUCACCAACAAACCCCUUCCCCCGAAAAUCGCCCAAGAGAACCAAAGCCGCCUCGACCAAAUCCACACUCUCUUCACCUCCAUCGUCCCAGAUGUCACCGGCAUCAAUUCAUGGCGCUAUCAACGGCAGAUCAGCGGUGGCAUUCAAGAAUUCAUUGAAGCAAUAUCAUUCGAACACUAUCUCCGCACACAAACGUUGAUCUCUUUGCCUGAAACACAAGCUCGACUCCCCGUCGAAAUUCUAGUUACAGAGGAGGACUACGUAAUGGGGCUUUUCGACCUCACGGGCGAAAUGAUGCGUUUUGCUGUUAUGGCAUUGAGCUCCGGGAAUGCGACACAGACUCAGGAACUCGCUCAAGGGGCAGAAGCUAUGGACGCGACACAGAAACUACCCCAUCUUUCUUCUUCCCAAGCGGGGAUUGUGAUUGAUUUGCGGUUUCUUCGCGCAGCAUUAGAGGCGCUUAGUGUUCCCCGGCGAUCAAAUAUGUUCCGAGAUCUGGCGAAAAAGGUGGAGGUGAUGCAAAAUAGCGUGGAGAAGGUGGAGCGGGCGGCAUACGGUAUUCUGGUGCGUGGUAGUGAACGACCAAGUGGGUGGACGCCGGAUUUAUCAGUGCCAGUAGAGAUGGAGAUACAUUGA